UCAUCAUUCUGUAGAUCCUGUCUGCACACGUGCACGGGAACUUUGUUAUCGUUAUCUCUUGUUGGCUCUUUUUUACGUUUGAUUUUCUUGUCCUGGAGGAACGUUAUUUGUUUUCAUUAUAAACUGAACAGUAUAUAGUUGAAAUAACAAUAGAAGCCUGCUUGACUUGACUUGUAGGAACCACUGACGUAACUUAAGGAGAAAAGGCUUCAAAAGCAAUGCACCUACUACUUUAAAAUAAGUAUUCGUUGUGCAGAGAAACUCUUCCAGUGAAUCUGUUAUUAGGUUUGCAUUAUAUUCCGUGAGUACACUGUAAUUUCUAACUAAGAAGCAACAACACUAAGACAUUUACCAUAUAGAUGUAUAUAAUCCACGCGCCCUAAUGUGCAGCAAACCGUAUCCGUGCACUUUUGAGUAAGGACGCAUGUGAUUGGCUAGCCUUCAAAUUAUACAUCCAAUUACAUUAUAGUUUUCUGUUACCAGGAAGCAGGAGACGCGAUCGCAGUUAGCCCAUGAGACUCAUUGCUUUGUUAAACGUAACGACGAGUUAUUUAGUAAAGAAACAGAUCUAGCGUUAUGUGUCGUCUCUGUAUGUAUAUAUAUAUAUAUAUUUUCAUUAAGCAAACACCAGUCGGUAGGAGUGUUAAGCUAACCCUUAAGCUAAAACGUUAGCAAUAUGUGAUCCUACUUGUUUCCCCGUAGUGCUUCUUAAAAAAUUACCGCCCUCAACCGACAAGAAACCUGCUUUACAACUUAGUUUAGCUGACUUACUCUGCAAAUAUGGCCAGUACUGUGUUGGAGGUCGGCACGGGUGUUUUCGUUAUUGCUGUCGUUUGGAUCGUGGCGAUUGUCUUUGGCUCGAUGCUGGUCAAAGCGUCUGGAUCAGCAAAGUUAGGAGUGAUCCCCAUUUUCCUCGUGGCUCUCACAAUCACUCUGGUACUAGUGUUUUUUCCACGCAGCCAAGAGACCGUUCCUCCUUUCAAACAAAUAGAGAUAGUGGACACUUUGUUCAUCGGCCGGUAUGUGCUGCUGGCGGUGGUGAGUGCCGUCUUUCUGGUGGCGUUCUUCAUGCUGCUCCCCUUACACUUCUUGGAACCCGUCUAUGCCAAGGCUUUAAGGACACACUAGCGCUGCCAGGGUCAGAGUGGGAACUGGGACCGCGUCGCGGAUGUACACAACUUAGGACAAGCACAAGGCUUGUCCUACUUCCUGUGAAAACCAAGAGGAAGACUAUUGAUAGUUUGGUCUGUUCAUGCACCAACACAAAGGAAAUAUCCAGAAGUGACGAUACUUUUGAAUGUAUUAUUACAUCAAACACUACAUAAAAAUAAAUACAGACCUGUAUCCAAAA